AUGGACGUGGUUAUACCAGUAGCAAUCAAGGAUAAAGUAAAAUUAAAAAAAUGCUUCCAAGGAAUCUUGGAAAAUUCUUUAACACCGAUAAAUAAUGUUUACAUAAUUUCUAAUAAUGAGACCAUAUUAAAAGAUCUUUUAAACAAUUAUACAACCAACGUAAAAAUCAUUUUUAUAUCUGAGACACAUUUUCCUUUUUCUAAAGAGGAUAUAAAAAGGAUUUUACAUUGGAAAAAAUCCAAAUAUAAUCAUGUUACUUGGUAUUAUCAACAACUUUUAAAGUUUUACAUUUUUAGGGUUAUACCUGACCUUUUUGAGAACGCUUUAAUCCUAGAUUCUGAUUUUAUUUUUAAAGAAAAGGUUAGUUUUGUGACAGAUGAUAGUAAAGCCAUAUUAGCAUAUGGUUAUCCUUUUAAAUGGAUUCUUAAUACUACUAAAUACCCUGAAAAUGUUAAUCAUAGUCAUAUUGAUUUUGCAAAAAGAUUAAUACCAACAUGGGAAAUUAUAAACUCUUUUAGUGGUAUGCAUCAUCACUUACUUUUUCAAAAACAUAUUACCGAAUCUCUUUUUAAAUAUGUAGAAACAUAUCACAAGAAGGAUUUUUGGAAAGCUUUUAUGGAUGCAGUUGAUAUAAAUAAAUGGAAUGCUGCUUCUGAAUAUGUUAUAUAUUUUCAUUUUGCCUUAAAAAAUUAUCUGAAUGAUUUAGAAUUAAGACACCUUAGCGCUUAUGAUCUUAUUUAUGAUUCAGAGGAAAACGGUAAUGAUAUUCUACAAAUUUUGGAUCAAUUUGCUCAAUAUAACGAAUAUAAAGCAGUUGGAUUUCAUUCAUUUCUUAAUCUUAAGGAAAGAUUGAAGACGAUGGAUUAUGUAACAGAAUCAUUGCAGAAAAAAAUGUCGAAUGAAAAACCUUUGUGCUUUAUUUUAAAAUUAAGCAAUGGUAUGUUGCAAAUUGCAAGUUAUGGUGAUUUUAAAAAAGAAAAUAAUUUAGACAAUUAUCCGUUUUACUAA